CUGGGAUUUGAAUGAUUUUAUUUGUAUAUUUUUUACAGGUAAAUUUGUAUGUUUUAUUUCUCUAUAAUUAUUGCCUAUUGCCUAUUACCUAUUGGGUGAACAAAGUGUUAUUUCGCUUCCCAACUUGGCUAAAAAUAUCAAAAGAAAACGAAGAUUAUCAAGUACUGUAAUUUUCAUGGAGGUAGCUGAGUUUUUUUCUCAGAUAAUUUAUGGAGGAGUUUUUAUUUGACUUGGCGGUAAGGGUGUACAUUCGGUAUUACGGUCGGUAGUGCAAAAGCUAAAACCGCGCUGUUUUAGGAACAUAAAAAAUUAAAAUCGAAUCAUAAUUUUUAUAGUGAUAACCGAAAUAUAUUUUUAACAUAAACAAAUUCGGUUCAAUACAGUUUUCGAUUUUUAAUUCAGUUAUAAUUUCAAAUAAGUUAAUUACAAUUCUAAAUUUUUUGUAAGGUUAAAUAUAUAAUAAACAUGAAACAAUCCAGAUUUUCUACAUUAUAGGCAAUUAUAUUGAGACUUGGAUUGGAUGAAAUGAAAAAAAUAAGAUUAUUAUAUAUAAGGUUAAGUGGUUGUACAUCUAAACACACAAAACGACGUCGUUUUAUAAAAUAUAAAACGACGUCGUUUUGCAAAUUCGGUUUUUCAAUUUAUUCGGUUUUAAAAUAAUCAAAAUCGAACCUAAUACCGAAAAGCAGAAUUUCUUUUUUGUCAAACCAAACCACUCCAUAUUACCUAAUAAUCGAACCAUUUAUCAAUUUUCGGUUUGGAACCUCGGCUCGGUUCGGUUUUUGCACAGGCCUACUUGGCGGUUGAUGCUAUAAUAAGGCAAGUCUUUACCAGUUUGGUUAUGUGAAAAAUGGCUACUUUCUUAUUAAUAGUGAUGCAUAUUUUAUUUGUGCCUGCUUGUCAAACUGCUUCUACUAAAUUGCACUAUUACAACUUACAAACUUCAAGUGGACUAAGUUUUGCAUUUUCAUACUGUUGAUUAGCUGCCAUGAAACAGCAUUAUUAACAUCUUAAAACGAAAAUAAUUAAAAAAAAAAAGAACUGGCAGAAGAGUGACAUGGUUUAUUCUUAAAAAUGGCAUUCAUAGUUGACUUCAAAUUAAGAUAUUAUUAGCAUAAUCUCUUGAAGCAAGGCAUUCGCAUUGCUGAGUAGCAGAAUGCAAAUGGAUGCACAAAAAAUGGCCUGUGGAGAUUCCGUAAUCGACAUGGAUAUGCACAUCUUAGCCUCAGGAGAUUCCGUAAUCAAUUCAAACUUCGACGAAGAGAAAUGGAGAAGCAAGAUGAAGAGCAUGCUCGACAAAGAGCCUGGUCGGUAUGAUCGUGAGACUGAUGAUAAUACUAUUAGCAUUCUUCGGGUCCCCGGAUCAGUGAAAGCCCUGAAACCAGAAGCUUACACUCCUCAAACAAUAGCCUUGGGACCUUGCCAUCAUUUCUUGCCUAAGCUUUACAAGAUGCAGAAUUGCAAGAUUCAUCAGGUUCGGAUUUUUCGUCAGGAACGCCACUUACCGGAAUUUCAGCUUCUUUUCGAUCAAAUGAAGAGAAAAGUCAGAGAUGUUCGAGGGUAUUACUAUGAGAGCUUGAGUAUUCAUGAUGACACUUUGUCAUUGAUUAUAGUACUUGAUGGUCUUUUCUUGCUGCAGUUGAUCUACGGAAUAGCAGAACGGUAUGCAGAUUCGUUAGAGUUUUCCGAUUCACUCGGACGAAAGUUUUCGUUGGAUGCAAUCCUCAACGAUAUAGUGAUGAUUGAGAAUCAAAUUCCGUUCUUUGUGUUGGAGCAUAUUGCAUAUGUAUCCGGAAAUAAAUCAUUGCUUGACAUGAGCGCCAUAGCUUGUGCUAAAUUUUCUCCAAUAGUAUUGAGAGGGAUUUUUGUUCGACGGAAUCUGAAAUACCCUUUUCAUCUAUUGGAUCUUCUCUACAAUUUAGUUUGUUUCGGAGGGUUCGGAGGUGGAGCAUCCGAUAUGUCAGUUCGUGAUGCUAUGUGGUGCGACUUGUGGGAUAUUAUUAAGGCUCUAAACAUUACUUUCUUAGCGAUUCCUAUAAAAAUCAUAGAUUUACUUCUAAGAAUAUUCCGACUUUUCGGUAUUUCAUUCUCUCUACCAGACGAAGAAGCACAAGAGAAGGCUUUAGUUCCGACAGCAUCUCAAUUGUCUAGUGUUAAGGUUGAAUUCUGCAGCAUCAGUCUAGGCGUUAGGUUCAUCGAUUUCGUCAAGCACACUUCAACUCUAAGCCUUCCAUCACUUAAGUUGAAUCUUAACUCAGAGGUCGUAAUUAGAAACUUACUUGCGUAUGAAGCUAUUGCCAAGCCAGAGACUCCGAAUUUCGCCCGUUACAUUGAACUGAUCGCAACCUUGACUCGUACCGCUGAGGAUGUGGAGCUGCUCAAAAGUGUGCAAAUUUUGGUGCAUGAUGGAGAUAAUAGUGAGGUUUUAAAGCUAUUAAGUGGGAUUAGAAGUACCAUAGCAUCUGAAGGUAAGCCAGAUUUUGAAUGUUCCAUAAAAGACCUCAAUAAGUAUUAUGAUAAUCACUGGAAGAUCAAGGUUAAAAAGGUAAUUAAGAAGUAUGUGUAUUCUUCAUGGAAAAUACUUACAAUUCUUGCUACCAUCUUGCUUUUGCUGCUCAUGGCUCUUCAGACAUUCUGCUCAAUCUACACCUGCCAAGGUAUAUUUAAGAAAAGCUUAAACUUAGCUUCUAGUUUCUAGUGUUGUCAUGAUCAAAUUCUUUAAUGUGUGAUUUAACUAGAUUUUGUGCUCUAAACAUAUGCUCAUAUCUAACUUGAGGUUAAAAGAGCAACUCUCUCGUCUUCUUUUUUCUCAAAUAAAAGACCGUAGCCGUCUAGAUUUUUUUUUAUUUUUCUCUUCGG